GGGUAUACUUCGUGUUUCAAACUUCUAACAGAACUCUCACUGUCCCCUAACUAAAGCCGAAUUCCCCAUUCCCAACUUAAACAAACAAAGGGCAAACCUCUAAUUUUCAAAAUCACAAGGAAAAGUUGGAAACUUUGGUGUAAUUUUUCUGUGUUUACGAUUAAAAUCGUAUCCCAAAUCCAAAAGAUUGCAACUUUGGUGUUAAAUGGAGGGAAUGUCUAAAACAAUGGCAGUGAGGAGGCCGAAAUGGAAAUAUCCACAACCGCCCCCCACGCCAAGAAUCCUCCAUUUGCCGCGGAGGCCUCGCCGGAAGCAGACAAAGGCUAGUCCUGCAAAACCCACAUCACAGAGGGUGAAGAAAGGGAGGCUGGAGACCUUGUUUGAUCAGGAGAGGUCGUUUGCAAGAGGGGUGAUGCCGGGGAUGUUGGUGAGGCCAGGGGAGAGUGAGGAGAGGAGGCGAGAGAGGGUGGAGGAAGGGGAAAGUGGUGUGGUGGCGGUUGAGGAGGAGAAGUGGAGGUUCCAGGCUGAGAUAUUGAGAGCAGAGUGCAAUUUGUUGAGGACGGAGAGAGAGAUUGCUAUCAAGAAGAUGGAGAGAAGAAGGGCGCAGAUGGAGAGGAUGCUGAAAUCUACCAUUCAGACUCUACUCUCUGGAAGAAAGAAGAUUAGUGAAGGAGAAAAUGUGAAAUUGGUGUUGGAAGAAGAGAUCAUUGAGCUGGUGGAGAAACUAAAGAAGUUGCAAAAGCAAUCUGAUAUCAAGGACUUAGAAUGCAAAAACUGUAGUGAUUUUGAUAAGCAGGCAUCUUUGCUGCAAAGGCGACUGGAGAAGUUUGGUGGAAUGUCAGAUGAGGAAAUAUGCAUAAAAGAGAUUCGCGAAAUGGCUGAAGCAACCUUGUCAAUCAAAACAAAUUGCCAGGAUGAUGAAGGCUUUGUUUCGAAUCGAAUCAGCAAUGUGGAGAUUUUGAGGAAAAAGAUGGAAGGAUUGUCAAAGGGUAUGUUAUUGGAGAGAAUGGAGGAAGAAUAUGGUUCAAUGCUAUCUACAUCCAAUUGUUCUACUAUCAGUUCUGCAUCCAAUUCAAAGAGGAUGGAAUUUCCAGACAUGUCCAUGUUGUCACUACAACAACCAUACAAGCUGGAACCAAUGUCAGGUGAGGGAAAAUCAUGUUCAGGAUGCUGCAAGGCUAUGGCGAGGAGGAUUUUAGAGCAGGUUGGUGCUGAGACAGAACAAUGGUCCCAAAUGCAAGAGGUGCUGGGGCAGGUUAGAGAUGAGAUUGAAGAACUGCAGGCUUCACGGGAUUUCUGGGAAGAUAGAGCAAUUGAUUCUGGGAAUGAGAUACAAUCUCUACAGUAUAAUGUGAAAGAAUGGAAGCAGAAAGCUGUCUCUUCUGAAGCAAAGGCUAAUGAGCUCCAAGAACAAGUAUCAAUGCUUCAUGGAGAGAUUGAAAGAUUGAGAAAAGGAAAAGAGAGGGAAGCUAUAAGGGCAAGAGACUUAUCAAUACUUCUCCGGGAAGUGCAAAAUAAUGCAGAGAAGCAGGUGCUGGUUUGUCACUUGAAGGAAAAUUGUCACUCUAAAAUUGAUAUAAGAAGAAGGGCUCAAACAUGUUCUGGUACUGGACUUAUUUUGCCAAAAUGUUCUCCAUUGAGAGAAGUUGGGAAUAUGUCACCAUUAAUGAGGCACCAAAGCAAAGCAAUCAUCGCCCUGGAUCAUGACUGUAAAGAAAAUGUCAGAUAGAAGAGAGGUGGAAUCUUGGCCUAAGGUCUUGUGGAACUCUUCUUGAUUAACUUGUAAGGAUAGAGGCUUAAAUAAUGGAAAACUUGUAGGAAGAGGUCUCAUAAAGCAUUAAGAUCAACUAUGUUGAGGUUUUUUGCUUCUUAAUUAUUGUUUUUUUUACUAUGAAUUUCAGAAUAAUAAGACAAUUUGGGU